UGUGACACUCAGUAGGAAAUAUAUCUUACAUUACAAACCCAGUAUAUGAAGUUUAUACCUGAAACAAAAGUUUCAGAAAAUCUUAUAGUAUACUGUUUUUUUUUAUUCUAUCCUAUUAAUUAAAAACAAAAACAGAAACUAGUUACAAUCCCUAAAAGGAUUUUUCAUGAUGUGCUUUGAGUAAAACUGAAAGAAUUCAUUACUCUCUUUCUUCAAGGAGAUGUAGAAACAGAGGGUCAGAGGUUUACAUGGCCUAGCCCAAGAAAGUUAGAGCCAGGAACAGAAGCUAGAUUUUUUUUUCCCCCUGAUCUGCAAUCCAAUGCUGUCUACCAUGUUGGCAUCCUUUAUAUCCUUUAUUGUAUGAAUUCUGGAAUUGCUUUUGUCGAAAUGGUUUAAUAUAGUAUUAUAUUAUGUGUUCAGUACUUAUUUGGUACCAUAAAUAUAUUUAUGUUGGAAAAGCUGACGUUGAAGAGGGAGAGGGAGAUGAUAGAACAGAAAUGUUUAGAAUCAGCCUCUGGGCUGCUUCUCUGAAUUGUGGAUGAGGAUUGUUGGGGGAGCCAGGUUAGCAGUGCUUGCAGUGUCCAGACAGGUAGUAGAAUUAAAGCAUAUAACCUUGAGGAGAGAGCUGUAUAGUGAAAAAAGGCAUUCCAUCAAAAUGGAGCUUGUCAGAUAUUAGAAAUGUCUAUCCAACACAGCCACGUUGCUCCAGCCACUCAGGAAGGAUUUAACUACCUGGAAUGCAGAACACGUGUAAUUUAAAAUUUCCUAGUAACCACAUUAAAAAGUAAAAAUGGAUGAAAUUAAUUAUAAUAAUGUAUUUUGUUUAACUUGAACCAAAAUAUCUUUUCAACAUGAACUGAAACAAAAUUUAAUGAUAUAUUUUACAUUCUUUUUUAUACUUAGGCUUGAGAUUCAGUGUAUAUGUUACAGUUAGGACAUCUCAGUUCAGGCUAGUCACAUUUUGAGUACUUAGUAGCCACAUGUGGCUAGUAGCUCCUGUGUAGUGUAGGUAUAUAUGGAAGGUAAGAAGCCAAAAGAGUGAACUAUGGCAGUUACCAACUUACUGCUUCCCAGCUCCAAAUCGAUCCUUCUCUGCCCUGCUUUGUGAUACUGGAGCUGGACCCUGUAAACAUGUCUCCCUUGCCAGCUUGGAAGAAUGUCAGGGUUCAUCAGUAGAGGAUCCUGAAGUGGCACUUCGAAGCAACAGCAGCAAGAAGUAACUUCUGGAUUCUGGUUCUCCAUUUUUAUUCACCGCAGGAGCCUGGCAGCCCCAGCAGAGGACCCCCAGCUGUGCCUCAGUCAUACUCUCCCACUUUGGAGCAGCUCCUGUGGGCUGCUUUUGGCCACUCCCUCAGCAGCUGUCUUCCACUCUGGCCCUCUGACAAAUUUCUUCACCAGUGGCAGGCUGAAUGUCCCUGUGGAAACCACACCUUUGCCGAAGAAGUCCAGCACUCAGCUUGAGGGGUUGGAGUAGGGAAGAGAACAUCUCCUAGCCUUUAGUUCCUUAGUUUUCUUUUUACUUUCUCCCAGCUGGGGUUUUUUUGGUUUGUUCUUUUGGGGUUUUUUUUUUUGUUUUGUUUUGCAACUGCUACUUCUGAACUCCUUAGAGUCCUUUUUUAUGCCUUUAAAUAGUUAGCCACCUUCUACUAAUUAACAAUUAUUUCAUUAAAAUUUCCCUGUUCAAAUAUCUAGUUUUGUCUCCUAACCUUACCUUCACUGAUAAGACCCCUUAAUCUAUUAAGCCAUUUAAAAAUGGGGCCAUAGGAAAUAUACUGUGCUGCUAACAAAAGCUAUAGGGGAUUGUGUAUUUGCAGUCUAUAUUAAAACUUUCUUUUCUAAAAGUUCUUUGGAAAUGUGUCAUGAGUGGAAAUAUGAUUUAGCUACUCUAUACCUAUUUGAUGCAGUUCCAAUUUUCAUCUUUUUUCCCCCCUAGUUUUUGGUUAUAUAUUCUUUCUUUGGUUGCCUAGGUUGCUAAGAAAGCCAGUGUUUGACUUUCGUAUAAAAGUAAUGAGAUUGAAACCCUAAUGUCCAGAGUUUGAAUGUAGGAAGCAACAUUCAUGCAGGUCCCUUCUGAGUCCCUGCCAGUGGUUCUAAAUGCAAUGAUGAAACAAAAGUCAAAUAUGGGGCAUGUCCAUGGGCACAUUAGGAGCAUAGAAUGCAUGGACUUAUGAAGACAGAUAAAGUUGGGGUUUGGGGAUCUUUUUUUUUUUAAAUCUCAGGCUAAAAUUAUAGCAUUCAUGCUCUAUGGAAGUGGGAUGGGAUGCUUUACACAUUUGUGCAGUUGGAACAGAUCCAAGAUAGUUAAGAAAAUCUUGUCUGUAACAGUGGUUGCUCUUAAGAUCACUUUUGUGAAGAGAUGGAAAGGCCUUUCACUGAGGUGGUGUCCUCCUUAGACUGCUCCAGCCUCAGGAGGGGAUGGUAUCUCUAUCCCCAGCUCCAGUGAUCAUAUGGACCUGCCCCUAAUCAGCAAUGAUAUCUGUACCCAGAUACUUGUCAGAGAACGACCUUUAACUCUCUUGCCCAACGUUCAGAUCUCAUUUUUGAGAAAAUUUUAUGGAGGAGGUCAAAAAUUGAGUAAUCCAUCCAUUUCUUUAGAAAUUCUGAAUGAAAUUAAACCCACUGUGGAGACCUUUGUGCCUGGGUUGCCUUGUUUUGGCCACACAUCAAUUUCUGUUUGGACUGUAUUGUGAAGCUUUGCCAAGGAUGAUGCUGGAUCAUCAUUUUUUUUUUAAUUUAUUUAUUGGCUGCAUUGGGUCUUCUUGCUGCAUGCGGGCUUUCUCUAGUUGUGGUGAGCGGGGUUACUCUUCGUUGUGGUGCACUGGCUUCUCAUGGCGGUGCCCUCUCGUGGAUCACGAGCUCUAGGCGCACAGGCUUGUGGCACGUGGGCUCAAUAGUUGUGGCUCGCGGGCUCUAGAGUACAGGCUCAGUAGUUGUGAUAUACAGGCUUAGUUGCUCCAUGGCAUGUGGGAUCUUCCCAGACCAGGGAUCGAACCCAUGUGCCCUGCAUUGGCAGGCGGAUUCUUAGCCAUUGCGCCACCAGGGAAGCCUACCCUUAUCUUUUAAAGUGUCUGACUAAUGGAACAAAUCACAUGUUAAUAGCUGGGAGGUUCAGCCAAAUUUGCAGUCCACCUAUAGCAAGUGUAGAGGAUGUUAACAGUAUGCAUCGUUCAGUACUUACCUUCUGGCUUUAUCUGAUUUUUUAAAUUAUUUCUCCUUUGCUCUGAUUUCUUUUUUUUUAAAUUUUAUUUAUUUAUUUAUUAUUUUUUUGUGGGUACACCAAGUCCAAUUUUCUGUUUUUAUACACAUAUCCCCGUAUUCCCUCCCUCCCUCGACUCCCCCCCCACCCUCCCCGUCCCAGUCCUCUAAGGCAUCUUCCAUCCUCGAGUUUGAUUUCUAUUUUUUAAAAAAGGUUUGUAUUAUGUUCUUAGAAAUUCUCAUUUUGGAACAGGUAGAGUGUAAAUAAGUACAUGGAGUGAAUGAGAUUAAAUCUUGUCUCCUUCACCAACUGACUGGAAUAAGUUUUCUCAGCUAUAAAAUGAGGAUCACGUCUUGCAGGCCUAUUAGGAUUAAAUGAAGUAAAUGAGUGUGAAGCACCUGAGAAGGCUCCUGCCGUACUGUAAGUGCUCGCUAGAUAUCCCCACCUUGCUUAUGAUGGACAUAGGCCUCUAAAAUAAUAUCCACUUGAAUGAAGAACAGAUACCUCACCUAGCAUUAUUUGAAUACGUUUAUUCAAAAAACAAGUGAAAAUAGGCUGUAAGAUUCUUGGGACAUAAAUAGUAAUGAGAUAUAUGCCUUGUCACUAAGGAAUUUGUACUGUGGUUAUAAAGGUAGCUGAGUAAGUUGACAAUUACAGGACAGUGUGGUAUAUGCUGUGACAAAUCUUAACAUGGGAGGGACAGCCACCCUAGACUAGGGGAGUGGGGAAGGCUUCUUCAGAGGUGGGACUGAGCUUCUGUGUUAUCAAAUGAUUACUUAGGAAUUACAUUUUCCCAAAUUAAGCUGGACACACUGGGGAGGGGAUAAAAGCAGGUAACUCCCAAGGAUCUUUUGAAUUCUGAGAUUACAGAAAAUUGCUUGAAUUAAGGAAAGUCUGGUCAAAUGACUUGUUUACCAGGAGAAGUGGAGUUAAUGUUAGCUGAAUAAGCCAGGGAUGACACCAACGCAAGGAGUAAAACAAGUGAGGUAUAUUGUUAUUUUUUAAGUAAUAAUGUAUGCUUCAUAGAAUAUUUCAGAAGUUUAUGAAUCCACACUUGUGAGUUUAAUGAAGGUAUGCUGAAUAGAUAAAUAAAUCUAUUGUACUUAAAAACAAUGGCUGGGGAAUUCCCUGGCGAUCCAGUGGUUAGGACUCUGUGUGCUUUCACUGCCGGGGUCCAGUUUCAAUCCCUAUUUGGCGAACAAAGAUCUGGCAAGCCACACAGCAUGCCCCGCAAAAUAAAAAAUGUAAAAAGCAGAGGCUGGUUUCUGGGGGUGUGGGGGGGGUAGGGGGAGCAGGGUGGCAGAAAUGUCUGGCAUAAAUGAAUUUAGUCUAUAAACCACCAGAAGAUGUCACUGUCUCCCAAGUGAUGGUCCAUUACAUUGGCUCUUUUUCAGGUAUGUUUUUGAACACUGAGAGACUGUGACAGAUUGAUGUCUGCCUUGUAGUAUUGAAUCUAUAAGGAUAGGACCUCACAAGAAAUACUUGCUGAAGAUCCGGGAGAAGGAUUUGGACUGCGGCUGCAGAGGGCAGUGACUGAUCUUGUGGAAAUGACGUGGGGGAAGCCUGAGAUCUCUAAAGCACAGGAUUUGUCAGCCGCCUGCAGGCGGGGGGACUGGAGCCCUGCAGCCUCACAGAUGAAGGCUGUUUCUUCACGGCAGCGUCAUUUAUGGAGGAGGUCAUCCUGCUGCCCAUCCGUGUGGGAGCACCAUGGGCUAUUUCUACUGCAGUCCAAAAAUGAUUAUGUUACACCACUACAUGCUUGGAGGACAGGUGUUCAUCGAGGAAAGCAGAGUGGUCCCCACGCUGGAAAUGAGAAAGGAUGACAGUUUCUGAGACUGACUGUUGACGGCUUGGAGGUACCCCCCAUUCAAAAUGCCUUUUAAAGCAUUUGAUACCUUCAAAGAAAAAAUUCUGGAACCUGGAAAGGAAGGAGUGAAGAACGCUGUGGGAGAUUCGUUGGGGAUUUUACAAAGGAAAAUUGAUGGGACUAGUGAGGAAGAAAGUAACAUUGAGCUGAAUGAAGAAGGAAGGCCAGUGCAGAUGUCCAGGCAGAGCCCCCCACUCUGUGACUGCAGCUGCUGUGGCAUCCCCAAGCGCUACAUCAUUGCCAUCAUGAGCGGGCUGGGAUUCUGCAUUUCCUUUGGGAUUCGGUGCAACCUUGGAGUUGCCAUCGUGGAAAUGGUCAACAACAGCACCAUAUAUGUGGAAGGAAAACCAGAAAUUCAGACAGCUCAAUUUAACUGGGAUCCAGAGACGGUGGGACUUAUCCAUGGAUCUUUUUUCUGGGGUUAUAUUGUGACACAAAUUCCAGGUGGUUUCAUUUCAAAUAAGUUUGCUGCUAACAGGGUCUUUGGAGCCGCCAUUUUCUUAACAUCUACUUUGAACAUGUUAAUUCCUUCUGCAGCCAGAGUGCAUUAUGCCUGUGUCAUGUGUGUCAGAAUUUUGCAAGGUCUAGUGGAGGGUGUGACCUACCCUGCCUGCCACGGGAUGUGGAGUAAGUGGGCACCACCUUUGGAGAGAAGCCGCCUGGCCACAACCUCUUUUUGUGGUUCCUACGCGGGGGCAGUGAUUGCCAUGCCGCUGGCUGGGGUGUUGGUACAGUACAUUGGAUGGGCCUCUGUCUUUUAUAUUUAUGGUAUGUUUGGGAUUGUUUGGUACAUGUUUUGGCUGUUGCAGGCCUAUGAGUGUCCAGCAGCUCACCCAACAAUAUCCCAUGAGGAGAGGACCUAUAUAGAGACAAGUAUAGGAGAAGGAGCCACCUUGGUUAGUUUCAGUAAAUUUAAUACACCAUGGAAAAGAUUUUUCACAUCGUUGCCGGUUUAUGCAAUCAUUGUGGCAAAUUUUUGCAGAAGCUGGACCUUUUAUUUGCUGUUAAUAAGUCAGCCUGCUUAUUUUGAAGAGGUCUUUGGAUUUGCAAUAAGUAAGGUGGGUCUCUUGUCAGCAGUCCCACACAUGGUUAUGACGAUCAUUGUGCCUAUUGGAGGACAGCUGGCUGAUUAUUUAAGAAGCCGAAAAAUUUUGACCACAACUGCUGUCAGAAAAAUCAUGAACUGUGGAGGUUUUGGCAUGGAGGCAACCUUACUCCUCGUGGUUGGCUUUUCCCAUACCAAAGGGGUGGCUAUCUCCUUUCUGGUGCUUGCCGUAGGAUUUAGUGGUUUUGCUAUUUCAGGUUUUAACGUCAACCACUUGGACAUUGCCCCCCGCUAUGCCAGCAUCCUCAUGGGGAUCUCAAAUGGAGUGGGGACCCUCUCUGGAAUGGUCUGUCCCCUCAUUGUGGGCGCGAUGACCAAGCACAAGACCCGUGAGGAAUGGCAGAACGUGUUCCUCAUAGCUGCCCUGGUGCACUACAGUGGCGUGAUCUUCUACGGGGUCUUUGCUUCUGGAGAGAAGCAGGAGUGGGCUGACCCCGAGAACCUCUCUGAGGAGAAGUGCGGAAUCAUUGACCAAGAUGAGUUAGCUGAGGAGACAGAACUCAAGCAGGAGAGUUUUGCAAGUCCCAAAAAGAGGAUGUCGUAUGGAGCCACCACCCAGAAUCGUGAGGUGCAGAGGAAGGGAUGGAGAGGACAGAGAGGAGUGACCCUCGAUGAGGAAGAGCUGACCUCCUACCAGAAUGAAGAGGGAAACUUCUCAGAUACAUCCUAAUGUCUGAGGGGGCACUUCCAGCUCCGCCUCACUUUAGAACCAGAAAGUAUCCAUACCUAUUGCUUUCUGUUACCAGAGGGUCACCUCUAGGUACACUGGAUGUGGGGGAGUGGGGAAAGGAGAUUUACUCAGCAAUAGGGAAAAGAGAAAUACUAUCUUGCAAUGACAACCUGCUCUAAGUUGACAAAAUGGGUGGCUCUAAUUUUUUGGUUGGCCGUUGACUCUUCUCUCUAAGAACUAAACUGAUUCAGGAAAGAAUGACUAGAAAAAUAAGAAAGACAAUACCAUGUUUUUCAGAGCGAAAUGGAAGGAAAUGUUGAUAUUUGGCCUGGAGGAGAGAUAACAAUAGUUGGUACUACAUUUCUGAGAGCAGCGAUGCAGAGGAGGGUUUCCUAUUCCUCACAAAGGCCGCUGCUUACGAAGGCCCUGUAUUGUGCCAGGUACAUUAUAACAUUCUCAUUUAAUCUCCACACCCCUGUGACAUACAUUUCUUAUCCCCAUUUUGCAACUAAGGGGAAAAAAAGCAACAAGAGCUUGACUUGCCCGGGGUCAUCCUGCCAGGGACAGUGCUGAGAUUGGUAGGGUCCAAAGUAGGUGGCAGUUUUGGAGAAGAAGUUCCCACUUCAGGUGAGAGAAGACACUUUUAAUAAUGAAAACUGAGAAUGGAGUGGGUUGUCAUGUGGAUAAUUCCUAUUUUGGCAGGCAUGGGGGACAGAGAACAUUUGGGUUGAUGUGGCUGAGAACAUUCAGAUGUUGUAUGAGGGGCUUGAUUCAAAGACAUUUAGGGUCCUAGGGGUCUGAAGAGGCAAAUGAUUCUGUGAAUUCAUAGGUUUUUUUAAAAAAAUAAUAAGGCCACAGACUAUAUGAGAGAGUCAAAUAGGUUAAACAAAGAAAAAUAAAAAGCUAAGCAAGACAGCAAAUUUCCAGGAAUUUGGUGGUCAGAAUGGCUGAGAAGAAGUAAAUUUCAACCCUUCAUAAUAUCAAGAACGUGGUUAAAUAAUGUCCCAAAAUACUUGUAAAUCUUUAAGACCUUUAGUAAUUUAAGCAGCUGGUUCAUGCAUUUUAUUAGGUAAAAUUCUCUUGAACAGUCCUCUAUUUAAAAGAAAAAAAUGUGUGUCUUUAGCCAUUUCUGGUGGUGAUAUUAGGAAGUUUGAUUAAAUUAUACAAAAUUAUGAUUGAAGUAUUCCUAAUGAUAUUCAGGGAAACCACAAUAAUAUAGAAGUAGUUAAACAGUGAAAUACUAAAUGUAAACAUCUGGGACAACUAGACCCAUAGUGUUGAAAAAUUAAUCUUUGCAUAAGGCAAUAACAUGGAUACUCUCUAAAUAUAUUUUAAAAUUUAAUGAUAUUUUAAAACUUAAUGUUGGCAUGUUAAAGGUUGUUUGAAAAUAAAAUC